CACUUCCCGGUCUAACAAACACAGGUUCGUAUUUCAGGUGUAGCUACAUUGUCGACACGGACUUGUGUGUGAGUUUGUAAGAGUCAUGUAUUGGGACCUCGUUAAAGCCUAACAGUGCCCAGUGUUACAUCAUAAUUACGACACAUGCAGGAGUCACUGGUGAACACAACCUGCACGGACCUGAGCGUCCUAUGGAACCUGUGCCUGGGGUAGAUGCAUUAGUUGUACAUCGUUUUCAAUAUUAAUGAAGAGUUUCGUCAUAUGAGGAGGUAUCAACAGCAUUGAGGAGGGAAAACCAAGUAAAAUAGCCGGUAACCCCUCACUGUGUUCGUUGAAAUGGAUGUUUGGCGUACAGUUGUGUUGUUGGCCUGUGGGUUCACUACAUAUGCAGCGGGUUCUCUACAUCUGACCCCAUUUCCUACCAAGGCAACGGAAGGGAACACCUACACCCUGAUGUGUAGCAGCAGUGCAGGUAGUCGGGACAUACAGUGGUCGAGGAACAGUGCUCUCAUCGUACGUACACGCUAUGUGUCUGCCACUCAGUGUAGAGAAGAUAUAAUCAACCCCGCUGUUUUCAACACAUUCCUGUCAGGACGUAUCAAUACCAGUUGCGGAUUUAACCAACAUAAUGUAACACUCAGGAUAAGCUCUCAAAAAGACAAUGGAUCUGUGUGGUGGUGUGCAAAUACUGUGAAGGGCGACAUGAGCAACAACCUAACUAUAGACGUAGUAGUAAACUCAAUGACAAUGCCCUCAACAACUGCGACAGCAGCAACUACAACUACUACAGAAGCAACUACAACAGCAACUACAGCUACUGCAGCAAAAUCAGACAAAAUCUCCUCAAGCAAGUCUCCUCAAGAUGCAGAUAAUCAAGUUGUCUACAUCGCUGCUGGUGUUGGGGGAGGUGUUGCAGUCGUCAUUGUUGUCGUCGUCAGUGUUCUGUGUAUAAGAAGAAGGAGAGGCCGUCCUGUGAAUAACGGUAGUGCACAUGAACACAACCACGAGGCAUCACAUACCUACUACAAUGAAAAUCGCGUCUUACAAGACCAAGACAUUAAUGACAAAGUUCAAGUGGAAAAUGAUAUUUAUGAGACUUCACGUGACGUCACUUCACCCAACCAGCCUUCAACAAAUGAUCACAUGAUAACAGAUGUUUACGCCCAAGUGCAGAAACCCAAGACAAAUAAGCCGGGACCUACAGGUACAGCUGAUGACAUCAACAUUGAGGAUCUAUACGCCAAACCUGACAAAACUAUGAUCCGGAAGAAGCAGGAAGACUAAUAGAGGCUGGAAAAGGGGAAUCCUUUGAUGAUGCGAAAUGGACUGACAUAUAUAAUGUCAGAAUUCUUAAAAAGGAGAUGUUCUGUAUAUGUGCCUCGUAGAUUUUCGGUGACACAUCUUAGUUAAAUAGUUUGAUACUCUCUUCAGCAGUAUGAUUGGUACAGUGUUUUCAUUAUAAACAUUGAUUGUGUGUUAAAAUAUAAAAAUCAUUGCGUCACAGGCUCCACAUAUACAACAGCUAUCUGUUUACUCAAAGAUCCCCUGCUCCAACUUGUAACUCAUCACUUGUUGCUAAACUUGUUAUGGAGGAUACAAUCACGAACAGGCUUGGUGCUUUUUUACGUUUUUAAGAUUUCUAAUUAAUUUUACAUGUAAUGCAGAUUCAAACUUGCUAUUUUCCAUAUCUAUUCAGGAAAUUUCUUUCUGUGAAAUGAUAGAAAGGCUACCAGGUACAUCGGUGUGAAUUAGUGACGGAAGGAGUGAGUGCGUAAAACCCAGUAGCAUGGGUGUGGUGCUAAGAAACCAAGAGUCGUUAUCAGGGCGGCACUGGGGCGCCUGAGAGACGCAACUCUGCACAGCGACACGGGGUACCUAACGCCAGUUUGGUAUCCAUGCCUCAGUGGAUACUUCAGGGCUUUUGCAUGAAUUCCUGCCUCACAAUAUCAGUUGAUAAUAUGAACAAACAUAGUUUAAAUUGCCCAUAUUGCAAAUUCCACCUGUAUUGUCAGUAUGUCAAAACAAGAAUUAUCAAUGAUAACAUCACUUUAACGGUGACAGAUCUUUUUUAUCUCUAAAAUGAUGUCACAAUAUCGUUGGUGUCCAUACACAGUUAUUACGUCCGCAAGCAACACAUCAUGACCCAUUUAUUAGUUUAAUUAAUGUAGUGUUUACUCCAUGUAAUAAUCAACCGCAUCGCCACUCGUAACACGGGCGAGGUUAACGUCUCAAGAGUUAUUACGAAAAACAAUUGUUUGAUAUUUGAGAAGGUCCAUGAUUUAUGAUAUGUAAUGUCAGAAACAUAGGCUAUAACCUGAACACUACCAACGGCAUGACUUGUGAGUGACAAAAGAGAUUUAAUGUAAAAUGUAUUUCCUUUCCUAAAGCUGACGUUUUUGUUAUCCGUAAAUGAUCAACCAACUUUCUUACUUGUAUAAUUUCUGAAGGAACGAAACAGAUUAUAAAAUUACAUUUAAUUUAUUUAAGUUCGACCCGCCGACCUACAAUCAGCUGAGUUCUGUUUAUUCUGUAAACUGAAAUACAUAUGCAUGAAACUUUACACUGACUAAAUAAUGUCUUUCAAAACAACAAACUAGUAUCCCCGUGUCUAAUGUAUAGUCACUUUUCCCCACCACAUGUGACUAUCACUAUAAAGUGUGUACAUCUCGUUUUAACCGUUAUCCCUUUCAAAUCAAUUCCAGGUGUUUUUAUGUCAGUAACAAGCCACUAUAUUCUGACACUCAUGUGAGUAAACGACCGUACACAACAGAUAUGAAAGUGUGGUGUACUCGUCUGACUUGUACAUUGCCGUGUUGUGCAACAAAAGCUUGAAACUCGUGAUCACCCGAGCAUUCAUUUCUUUCAGCGACAUGUAUGUGUGCCUGAUAAACAUUCAUGUUUUCCUCAACUCAGACGUGUACAAGAACAGCUUGUAUUACAUGGCUAUCAGUGAACACAGCCUAGCGUUCUUUGGUCGCCAUCCUUG